AUGUCAUCCCCAACAAAUUAAAUAUCUUAAAGGUCUACUUCUCAAAAAAAAAGUGUACAAAAAGUAUCAAAAGGCCAUCAACCACCGCAGAUCUACUCUAAUAACUUUGGUCCUUAUGAAGACGAACAUGAUUCUUAUCAACGUUAAAAGCUCCCUAAUAUUGAUUCUUGUAUUGAAGAGGUAAGUCGAGAUGACGAAGAAUAUACUGAGAUUCACAAGUCAAUGAGUAGUCAUGAUUUAAACAAAAAAGGUAGCUAAUUACAAAUUCUCAGUGAUCAGAUGAACAUGUUUAAUCCUCUUAACUAGCAAAGUCAAGAUGUGAAUUUACUGAAGUAAUUGUAAGACCCUGAAAUGGAAUUUCAGCAAGUUUAGUAAGUAAGCUAAUCCCUAAAUCAAAGAAUUAACGGGUUUUAUCACCAAGAAAGAGAUGAUUAGGUGUCCUCAGUUCUUCAUGAGUCUAGUAAAUCAUCAAUUAACUGUGGUUUCGGUUAAAAGUUUAUUAAUGACAAUUAUUCUUCAAUUCAAAGUUCUUCCAGCUAGUAAUCAAAUACUAAUCAGAGAAGUAGUGAGACAAUAGCUGAUAACAAAAAAGCAUUGUAUCUUAAACUUAGAGGCAACUAAACUUAGGGUUCAUAGAGUUAGAGAAAUAUAGACAAGGAAAAUUCUUAAAACUUUUAUGAUUCAAAAUCAAAUAAUUAAGCACCAUUGUAAAUUACUUAAUUCAGUGAUAGAAGCAAAUCAAACUUGGUGACUAAUGACUCUGAUCAAUAAAAAUCUUUCAACUAGUCCAAUCAUAGCAGCUAAAACAUAAAUGAUGGUAGCAGCCUCUAAAGUAUUCAAUUACUCCAAGCUGAGAUUGAAAAAUGGAAAAAGUUCGGAUAUCUCAUGGCUGAAUCCUUUGAUGAACUUAAAAAAGAGCAUGAAAAAUAUAAAUAGGAUAAGGAUAAAGAUAAAAAGAUUAUAGAUGCCUUGAAAGAUUAGAUAAUAAAGCUGAAAUAGAUAAUUUAAGCUAAAAAUUUAGAUGAGUCUAGCUCAGAAAGUGACUACUAAGCAGUAAUUAGAAAUCUAUAAGAUGAAAAUAUUCAGCUAAAACAGAUAAAAAAGGAAAAAGAUGCUUUUCAGUAGGAAGUCUAGCAUUAAGGUGAGAUAAUAUCACAGCUAAAUGAAAAACUUUAAAAAGCCAAAGUUGAAGUUAAGUAAUUGUAAUAGCAAAUAAUUAAAAUAUAAAACACAUAAUAAAUUCAGCAGUCUAAUAAUCCAUAGCAUUAACCUAAAACUAGUCAAUAUUCUUCUAGAAAUGAACUUACCUAAAAUCAUCAAAGUUCAGAUCAAGCAAGUUACUAUAAAAAGUUAUCUCAUUAGCAUUUAAGAGAAUGCUCUCAGUUAGCUGAUGAAUUGAUAUGUCUUAGAAGUGACGCUGACAAGUCCCUUCAUGGCACAAUUAGAUCAAACUCUAUAAGUGGAUAGCCAAGAAAUCAAAGCUACUAAAGAAGUUUGAUUUCCUAGAAUAUGGAUAAUAAUUUGACAGAGUAAGCUCUGGCUUACUAGAAUAACUCAAGAAAUGGAUCAGCCAUUAGAAAGAGAUCUACUUCAGCAAUGAAAAGUGAAGCUAUUAGAUCAAGUAUAAUGUCUAGUAAUUAAAUUAAUACACCUUAAAAUCAUAGAAAUGAAAAGGCUUUCCAUUAAAAUUCACUCCCCCUUUCACCCAUUUAAGACCCAAACCCCUAUGAAAUUAGCAGCAGAAGUACCGCCUCUAAAGUAAUUCAUCAUUAGAGAAACACAAAUUACGAGAAACCCCCUUAGAAUAGUAAUCUUUCACCCAUUUAAAAUCAUUCAAGCACACUGUCCAACCAGCGUUAACACUCAUCAUAGCAUAAAUAAAUGGUUAAAAUAAACAAGAUUUUUAAAGAUGAGGAUUAAAACGAAUCUUAGUAGUUGAAUGUUAUGAAAGUCAACUAUGCGGAAAGCAAACCCUCUAAUUAGCGAUUGGGAAAUCUUUAUGUGGAGAAUAUGAUUCGCAAAUAAAAUUCAAAUAAAAGUAACAGUGGGAUCUCAAGUCUAAAUCUAGACAUGACAAACGUUUAACUCUAUGCUGCUAAAAACUCUAAUGAAAUGGCAAUUAAUUAGGAAAGCAAGCUUAGCUCCAUUAAAAACGAUGAAAAUAGCGGCUAUUCAAUGCAAAGCGAGGACAACAGUGGCAAAAGCAUAAAUAACCCCUAUUAUUAUAAAAAAGAAGGCUAAAAUUUUGGAAAUAGCAAUUAAAAUGAGCCUAUUCACGAUCCCAAGCCUUAAUAUUUGUAGAGGUAGACUGAUUCAUCCAUGGAUCAGCAUUCAAUAAGUCAUGUUCCAACUGAGGAUCUGUCUAUGAGUGCUACUAAUAGUGGUCAGCUAGAAAGAAAUAUUAGACAGAUGCAUAAUUAGUAUUAAGCGAGUUUCUAGUCCUUUAAUCAAUUCACUAAAUGA